AUGUUCCCCAUGUUCCACGAGCUUGCACCAAACAACCCAGAUGACAAGUGUGGUCACCACUACGCAAUUUGCCUUGACCUGAAGAACCAACGAUUUGAGGUGUUCGAUUCAAUGCGUUCAGAAGCUGAUGAAGACCUUACUACACAUGCUAAAUUCUUUACCAACAACUUGAAAGAGACAUGGAACCAUCACUACGAAAACUCAAGGGUCCAGAUCAGUCAUUUUCCAAUCGAGUAUGUCGCGACUACGAAGCAAGGAAACAGGCAUGACUGUGGCUUUCACACGUUGGAAUACCUUGCAAAGUGGGAAGGUCGACGGGUCCCUGUCGUUAGAGCUGCAAUGGUUGUCGAGCUCCGUAAAAUAUACACAUGGAACUGGUUGAUGAAUGAAGAUUUCAACACGCGGGCAAACACACGAAAGUUCAUAUAG